UUUCCCACCUGGUGUUGGACGUUUCCGACGACCGCCAUGGUGUUGGACGGAUGUCUAGCGGGAACCUCCCUGGGUGGCUUGCUGGGCCUCCUACUGAAGGGAAAGCCAGAGAAUGAAGCAGCGAGUCCAGGCACCGUGGCGAGCGCGAAUCCCAGCCCUGCACAGAGCCGGCGUGGUACGAAGCAGCUGCCGGAGAAACUCCAAAACAGGAGCUCCUUACAUCCUUUCAAGAUGCACGUCGAGUCGAUGACUGCCAAGACGGUCGAAGUGAAAUCGGACACGCCACUGGAUGCAGCGCCCGCACUGCCUGCGCGGGCACAGACCGCACCGCUGGAUGCUGCUGCAGAACAAGCGGCGGAGGCCGUGUUGGAGGCAGCAGUGUCGGCGCAACCCAGGUCUUUUCACCGGAGGGUCUCAGGGAAGUUCACGAUGAAUGAGAACAAGGUUGUGGAGCAGAAAGUGGUGCUGGCGAUGGUGGGCCUACCUGCACGUGGAAAGUCCUACAUCUCCAAAGCCAUCGUACGUUAUUUGAAUUUCUGCGGCUGCCCCACACGGCUCUUUAAUGCUGGCAACUUACGGCGCGAGAGCGGGAAGAGCGGGGUGAAGGCCAACUUCUUUGACAACAGUAACGCCGAUGCAAAGAGGAUGCGGGAUGAAAUGGCCAUGGAAUGCCUCGACCAAGUCCUCGACUUCCUGGAAGCUUGUGGUCGCGCAACAGCGGUGGGGAUCCUGGAUGCCACGAACACCACACUGGAACGACGGCAGAAGGUCAAGGAGAAGGUUCGUGGUCGGCCAGGUGUUCGUUUGAUUUUCUUGGAGUCGUUGUGUGAUGACGAGGAGAUAUUGGAGAGCAAUUAUGAGCUCAAGCUCAACAACGACGACUAUAAGGGGAUGAACGCGGAAAAUGCGCUGAAGGAUUUCAAGCACCGGGUUCAGCAAUAUGCAGAGGUCUAUGAGCCUGUCCAGGAUGAUGAGUGUGACAGCAGAUGCGGCUACAUCAAGCUGAUAAAUGCCGGAGAGAAGCUGAUUUGUUACCGUUGCCGGUCCAAAGAUGACGAGUACGGCGUGGUCAGGUACAUCUUCGGCCUGAUGGGGAGCAUCAACCUCGGCAAGCGCUGCAUCAUGAUUGCCAUGGUCGGAGAGACCGAGCACGACAGGCAAGGCCUCUUGGGCGGCGAUUCCGAGCUCACUGAAGCAGGUAAGCAGCAUGCAGCAGCCAUCGCUGGACUGGUGGCAGAGUGCGAGCGGCAGGCCAAAAAGCCUGUGCUGGUGAUGUGUGGCACCUUAGCGCGGCACUUGCAAACCGUGGAAGCCUUGAAGGGUGUGAAUGGCUGCAGCAGCAAUGACUGCAGAACUGUCUUAAAGCUGGCGCGACUCAAUGAACUCUGUGCCGGGCUCCUGGAUAGCCUCUCCUAUAAGGACGAGACUGGCAGGAGUGGCAAGAACGAGCACUGGACAAGCUGAACUACAGAUAUCCAGGGGUUGGCGGAGAGAGCUACCAGGACGUUGUCUUCCGGCUCACCUACUUAGUGCUGCGGCUUGAACAGUUCAUGGGCAACGUCCUUUUGAUUUGCGACAAGGCGGUCUGCCGGGUCUUGCUCGCCUACUUUCGGGGCGUUCCCAUGGAGGAGAUGCCUUACUUGGAAGUCCCCCGCUGUGUGAUCACCUUUGAGCGAUCCCAUUUCGGCUUCAAGGAGGACCGGAUCGAGUUGUCCGACAUGAAAGCUGCAGUGGUUGCAUCUGAAAUCACGAGUGCUGGGUGAGAGAGAUUGAGGGUCCGUGUCACUCGAGAUCAGGGGGGAAACCCAGAGAAGGCGAGCCACAAGCAGACCUUGGGGAGGAGGA